AUGGUCUCAUCGUGCACCUACGUACUUUCUAAUAAUGUUAAUAUUUUCUUCACUGAUAGUGGUCCUCCACCUGGUUCCGGUGACUACACUACUCUUGUCAUGUUGCAUGGCAGCGCCUUUACAGGUGAUACAUUUGAGAAGCUUCACGGACUCGCUCACAAGGCCAACCUACGCACCGUUAUCUGGAAUCGUAGAGACUAUCCUGGUUCUACUAGAUACUCCGAUAACGAGCUCCAACAACUGCGUAACGGAGAAAAGACAUUCCUGGAUCACCUUGCUAUUCACAUGGGAGAGUUCCUUCUACAAUUCAUUGAGAAGGAAGCCAUACCCAAGAUCAGUCGCGACCGUAAACUGGGAGGAUUCGCCGUUUUGGGGUGGUCAAUGGGUGCCACAACCGCCAUGGCUUUGUUUGCCGAUGCCGAUCUUCUGUCCCGUGCCCAGUACGACAUACUAGAGCUCUAUAUCAAAGACCUUAUCUUAUACGAUCCGCCAUCCGUAUCGCUCGGUAUACAGGUUCCCGAUGAUGCAAAGCCGUACAAUCCGUGGGUUGAUCCCGAGUACAAGACAGCUGAGGAACUCUAUGGGAACUUUUGCCAAUGGGUCACUGGUUAUUAUGAUCACCCCAGUUGCCCGACCAUUUAUAAUAUGGACUUUCGUAAACGAGCCGAUCAGCGAUCAUCUACUUCUUGGACACCAGAACAAUGGGCAAAGUAUUACGACGAAGGAGCAGCGGUAAGGUCCGAGAUAUAUAUGUAA